GGAGUUUGACACAGCAGUGCUUUCCGCAAAAAACGCACAGGCACGGCCAGAGCGAGUGAAGCUGUCGGAAACUGCGGCCAAGUCCUCACUCCCAACCUCACACAGCCGGCCUACGCCUCGAGCAUCACUGCUAGCGUCGCCGCCCUCACAUUGCCCCGUGGCGCCUGUUCUAGAAACACAAAGUGUUGGCCAAGCCCCGAUCCGUCGCCAUGAGCUCCAAUCGGCGAAUCGGUCGGUAUGCAGUAGGUUGGUGUGGCUCACCAGGCGUGGUCGGCAGGGGAUCAGAUGCGGGCGGAAGGGGCAGGCAGGAGAACAUAUCACUGCUUCAGUGGCUGAGACAUGUAACCUACAACGUGGUGAAGCUUGUCCUCGGCGUCUACGAGGGCGGUGAACGCGUGGGUUGUGUGAAUGUGGUGAGCCUCGACGCGACGAAUCGGAAGCGAGGUUGCAGGGGCGCGGUUCGGAAUGCUGGCAUAAAAGCGGUUGACCUCCGCGUAAGAAGAGAUAAUGUCGCGAUCCGCAAUGUCGCCGUUUGUCAAGCCGCUCAGGCUCAUGCCCGUCGGGUCGGGCUGGCGGAACUCAACGGUCAGGUGCAAGCCAUCAGUGUCGGAGCUGUCGAGCUGGGGGAGGAAGCUGUGGAUCGUGCGCCGCUCCAGUUUAGUGAUUUCGAGGCGGUGUUGUGUCUGCUGCGCUGCGGGCUUGGACUUGUGGUGGAUAAUGUUGUCACUAUCGUGACUAUUAUUGCCGUCUUUAUUGUCAGACGCGUCUACCUCGCGAUGCAUGUUAAGAAUUCAUGACGCGUCGGCCGGUGUGUGCCCGUGCCGCGCGCAUGUAACGUGGCCCUCCGUAGGAUAUUAUUGUGUAGCGCGACGAAACGUCCGGGAUCGAACAUACCGUUUUCCAUGGUUUAUGGGGCGUGGCGGCAAUAUUCAUGUCGCGGUUAACAAUGUUUGCCGUGGGCGAGAGCUGACUCGCGUUCGAUCGGUGCAGGCUUGUGUUUAUUAUUGACGGCAAUCGUAAACGCAGGUUGUGAGUCACGUCGCGGUCGCUCCCUUCGUGAUUGGUUAUACGAUGUACUGCGGGCAGGGCCUGUCGCCUACCCUGUACAAAAUCCAUUGACCUGCUGCGGUUGCGUG